AUGUCUAACGUGUCCGCGGAUAUCACCCUCGCAGGUUAUCUUUUUAAGCGCCUUCAUCAAGUCGGCCUACACGCCGUGCAUGGCGUCCCCGGGAACCACAACAUCGCAAUACUGAGAGAAGCUACUAAUGCGGGGCUUGAAUGGGUUGCACACCGUAGCGAAUUUAGUGCUGGGAUUGUGGCAGAUGGAUAUGCACGAGUCAAGGGCAUCGCCGCUCUGGUAUCUUCAUUCGAGAAUAUGUCGUCGUUAGUGUCGACCGCAAUCGCUGCCUCGCACCAGGAUCAACUCCCAGUUGUGCUUGUAAUUGGAACACCUCAACGCAAGGCGCAAGCUCAGGCUUCCAAAUUCCACCACUUAUUCUUCGACGCACAGCCCGAUCUACCUCGACAGCCUGAUGAUUUUCAAAUACUUGCUGACUGCUUCAAUAAGAUUACCAUCACCCAGGAGUUUCUUGUUGAUCCUGGUGAGGCGACUGCUCAGAUUGAUACUGCCAUUCGAGGAUGUAUCAUGCAGUCUGCGCCUGUUUACAUUGAAUUACCGGAAGAUUUGGUCAACAGUAUGGUACCCACCAAGGGACUAAUCCAGCGUUUGGACUUCAACACUCCGCCUCACGACAUUGAGAUGGAAAAUACGGUAGUGGCCAGUAUCAUGAACAAGAUCAAACACGCACAACGACCACUGAUUAUUGUGGACGCGGGUGCCCCAUCUUGUGGUCUUGUUAUGGAGGCAAACCAGUUGGUGAAAAAGACUAGAUUUCCGACUGCUGCAACCCAGUUCAGCAGAGGUGUUGUAGAUGAGACACUCAAAAACUUCCAUGGGGAUGUUUCGGACUUUGACAUGUACGGUUCAUAUUUCCGAUCUUCCGACCUGAUUCUCCUUCUUGGGCCUCUGAAUACCAUUGAAUGGACCGUUCCCGCUGUGUUUGAGGGGAAGAUAGCACAAACAGUCACAUUUAACAGGAAUUAUGUUGUCAUUGGGGACCAAAGAUACGAGCUCUUUUCUAGACCUGUGCUUCAGCAGAUUUUGAACAGCAUGGGUGAGAAGAAACUGCGUGACCUUGCGCCCUACCCAGAUUUACCCAGUGUCCGCGACAGCAUCGAAAUGCUUCCAACCCAGAAAAGAACUGCACAACUUCAACAUGACAUUCAUUCCACAUUUUGGCGACAGAUGUCUCUCUUCUUCCGUCCGGGUGAUAUUAUCUUGACUGAAACCGAAACAGCCCGGGAUGGAGCACGCUCUUUUGUUUUGCCACGGGACACAAGCCUGAUUAAUCCUGGCGCCAGAAAGUUACCCGAACACAUGCUUGCCACGACCAUGGGUGUUGCUCUAGCGCAACAGGGCCUCGCUAAAGCAAACUACCUUCUUUCAAAUAGACGAACUAUUCUCUUUGAAGGAGCCGAGGGGUUCAAAAAGGCCCAAAAUGACUUCAGGGCCAUUCUCGAUAUGAAGCUCAAUCUCACAAUCUUCGUGAUUAACGAAGGAGCACCCAUCGUUGAAAGUCUAAUGCACGGGAUGGAAUACCAUCAGCAGGAUUCAGGUCACUGGCGAUACUCAGAAUCCGUUUCUUUCUUUGGAGCACCGAAUGAGACAUUUUACCCAGUCUUCACCACCAUAGCCAGAACAUGGGGCGAUUUUGAUACCAUCAUCCAUGAUAAGAGGAUUCAAUCCGGGACAGGACUGUGCGUUGUAGAGUUCAUGAUCAAACCCGAAGACCCAACCCAAAGCCCGUGUCUUCUCACUGAAAUAUAUGGCCCGCCCCCGAGCCCUUUUUCUUUGAAGAAAUAUCACCUCAAGCAAGAUUGA